UGAUUUUUUUUUUUUUUUCAAUCAUCUUCAAGACUUCAACUAAUUAUAUAAAUUCUGGUCAGUUGAAGAAAGAAAAAACGUGUACAGAAACACAGCAAUGGCGGGUUCAUAUAUAAGCAUGGGAGAAGCUCACCACCGCAUCACCGACUAUCUCAACCGCUUCUCCGACGCCGUUUCAUACCAAGACGUCUCUUCUCUCAAGACCCUUCUGUCUCUCUCCUCGAACUCUCCUCAUCUUCUCUCUCUAGCUGAUGCUCUCAAUGUCUUUCAAGAAGAUGCCACUAAUAAACUCAUCAGACAGGCUCAUAACAAUAACUAUCCUGACAUUGUGACUCCGCUUUUUAGAUCUUUUCAGAAUUACAGGAUUGCCCAUCUCGUUGAUUCUUAUGUUGCUUAUGAAAAGGCUGCAAAUUCUUUUAUUCAGGAGUUUAGGAACUGGGAAUCGGCUUGGGCUUUGGAGGCUUUGUUUGUUGUUGUUUAUGAAAUUAGGGUUCUUGCUGAAAGGGCUGAUAGAGAGUUGGCCUCCAACGGGAAAACUCCUGACAAGUUGAAGGCAGCUGGCUCAUACCUUAUGAAAGUGUUUGGAGUUCUUGCUGGGAAAGGCCCGAAACGUGUUGGAGCUCUAUAUGUGACUUGUCAAUUGUUCAAAAUAUAUUUUAAGCUGGGCACUGUUCAUUUAUGCCGAAGUGUGAUACGUAGCAUAGAAACUGCACGAAUAUUUGAUUUUGAGGAAUUUCCUGUCCGGGAUAAGGUUACAUACAUGUAUUACACAGGUCGUCUGGAGGUGUUCAAUGAAAACUUUCCUGCGGCUGAUCAGAAAUUAUCCUAUGCUUUAAUGCAUUGCAACCCUCGGAGGGAAGCAAAUAUAAGGAUGAUCUUGAAGUACCUGAUACCUGUCAAGCUUUCGAUUGGCAUCUUACCUGAAAAUUCGCUCCUCGUGAAAUAUAAUCUGGUUGAGUACAGUGACGUUGUGCUAGCUAUGAGAAGAGGUGAUCUCCGACUUCUUCGAAAUGCUCUUCAGAAGCAUGAAGAUCGCUUUCUAAGGUCAGGUGUUUAUCUUGUCCUUGAGAAGUUAGAGCUUCAAGUAUACCAAAGACUUGUAAAGAAAAUCUAUAUCAUCCAAAAGCAGAAGGAUCCAGCAAAAGCGCACCAGGUUAAAUUAGAAGUAAUUGUCAAAGCAUUGAAAUGGCUUGAGAUGGACAUGGAUGUUGAUGAGGUUGAAUGUAUAAUGGCCAUCUUAAUAUACAAGAAUCUCAUGAAGGGUUACUUUGCUCACAAGAGCAAAGUUGUUGUGCUUAGUAAACAGGACCCAUUCCCUAAGUUGAACGGCAAACCAGUAAACUCAUAGUGAAGACAAACAAGUUGGCACGUAUCUGCUGUGUUUAUGUUAUGAGGAUGGCAUUCCGAGUCUGGUAAUGCUGUUGCAUACAGUUUCUGGAACUUGGGUAAUUGGGGCAUGGACACAGUGCUAUGUUGUAGGAAAGAUUCAUAUUUAUUAGACAGAACAUGUGGCAAUGAGCAUAAACAUGCCCCUUCCUGGUUUUUACAGAAAUACAGUGUGAUGUAAUAGGUUCUUUGAUGAGUUCCCCUCAAGAUUACUCGGUAUAGUUAUAUUAGUUCAACUGUGCCAUUCUCUGUCUAAUGCAACUUGCGCUAUUUUUGUAGAUUUGUAGAAGCUAGACUGCCUUGUACUCUACUACUUAUCCAUUGCGAGUCUGCUAGAAUUUUAUUUGCAAGAGUUUCAUUGUUGAAACAUGUGGAGUGCCGUGUAUGCUGGAUGCGUUAUUUGUAAGAUGAAAUGUAGCGGAUUGUUCAAUGUU